UCCGACAGCCGCUUCCAGGUGAACAUGGUCAGCGAGGCCUCGGCGUCUGGAUCUGCCCCGGUCCAACCUCCGGCGGCCCCGGUGUACUCCACGGCUCCUGCGGCCCCUGAAGCGGCGCGGCCCCCUGACGAGUCCCGGGGCCGGUUCCGGGUGGUGGGCUUCUCGGACUCGGAGCUCGGGGCGCCGCCGGACGUGUUCCAGGAGCCGGACCAUGUGAAGAGUGACUCGGUGAGCCUGCACUCCACGGGCACGGGCCACACGCAUCUGUCCGGAGUGUCGCACGUCUCGGACUCGCACUCGAACACGUACUACAUGAGGACGUUCGGACACAACACCAUCGACGCGGUGCCCAACAUCGACUUCUACCGACAAACCGCCGCACCUUUCGGGGAGAAACUCACCCGGCCCUCGCUGUCCGAGCUCCACGACGAACUCGACAAAGAGCCCUUUGAGGAGGGACUGGCCAAUGGGGACGAGCCGUCUGCGGCAGAGGAGGCGGCGGCUUUGGCGGCGAAAGAGGCCAAAGGAGGAAUGGUGAAGUUCGGAUGGGUCAAAGGAGUUCUGAUCCGCUGCAUGCUGAACAUCUGGGGCGUCAUGCUCUUCAUCAGAAUGUCCUGGAUCGUGGGACAGGCCGGAAUCGGUCUGACCAUCGCCAUCAUCUUCAUGGCCACUCUGGUCACCACCAUCACCGGACUGUCCACGUCCGCCAUCGCCACCAACGGAUUCGUCCGCGGAGGAGGGGCGUAUUACCUGAUCUCCCGGAGUCUGGGGCCAGAGUUCGGAGGCUCCAUCGGUCUCAUCUUUGCGUUUGCGAAUGCUGUUGCCGUGGCGAUGUACGUGGUGGGCUUCGCCGAGACUGUGGUGGAGAUGCUCAAUGACGUGGACGCUCUGAUGACUGAUGAGCUGAAUGACAUCAGGAUCGUGGGGACCCUCACGGUGAUUCUGCUUUUGGGCAUCUCUGUGGCCGGGAUGGAGUGGGAGGCCAAGGCUCAGAUCGUGCUCCUCGUCAUCCUCCUCGCCGCCAUCGGGAACUACUUCAUCGGGACAUUUAUGCCGACGAAGAACAAAGAGCCCAAAGGAUUUUUCGGAUACAACACGGCCAUCUUCCUGGAGAACCUGGGUCCAGACUUCAGAGAGGACGAGACCUUCUUCUCCGUUUUUGCCAUUUUUUUUCCUGCAGCAACAGGAAUCCUGGCAGGAGCGAACAUCUCAGGAGACCUCGCUGACCCUCAGUCUGCGAUCCCCAAAGGAACCCUCCUGGCCAUCCUCAUCACUGGAGUCACGUACGUGGCUGUGGCCAUCUCCACAGGUUCUUGUAUCGUGCGGGAUGCGACCGGGGAUCAUAACGACACCGUGAGUGACACGGUGAACUGCACCGACGCCGCCUGCUCCCUCGGCUUCGACUUCUCCAUCUGCAGAGAAGGAGGCUGCCAGUACGGACUCAUGAACGACUUUCAGGUGAUGAGUUUGGUGUCGGCGUUUGGGCCCCUGAUCACCGCUGGGAUCUUCUCCGCGACUCUGUCCUCUGCUCUGGCGUCGCUCGUCAGCGCCCCCAAAGUCUUUCAGGCAUUGUGUAAAGACAACAUUUAUCCCAGUCUGGAGGUUUUCGCCAAAGGUUACGGCAAAAACAACGAGCCUCUGCGUGGAUACGUGCUCACCUUCUGCAUCGGCCUGGCCUUCAUCCUCAUCGCGGAGCUGAACAUCAUCGCUCCGAUCAUCUCAAACUUCUUCUUGGCUUCUUACGCUCUCAUCAACUUCUCAGUGUUCCACGCGUCUCUCGCCAACUCUCCAGGGUGGCGCCCCAGCUUUAAGUACUAUAACAUGUGGGUGUCUCUGGGAGGCGCUGUUCUCUGCUGCGCCGUCAUGUUCAUCAUCAACUGGUGGGCGGCGCUCGUCACGCUCCUCAUCGUCCUCGCGCUCUACGUCUACGUGGGCUACAAGAAACCAGAUGUGAACUGGGGCUCGUCCACUCAGGCUCUGAUCUAUAAUCAGGCUCUGACCCACUGCCUGGACCUGACCGGAGUCCCGGAACACAUCAAGAACUUCAGACCUCAGUGUUUGGUCAUGGCUGGUUUUCCAAACUCUCGUCCUGCUCUUCUGCACCUCGUCAAUUCCUUCACCAAGAAUGUGGGGCUAAUGAUCUGUGGACAUGUCAGAACGCUGAGUCGGCGUCCGAACCUGAAGGACUUGACUCUGGAGCACGGCCGCUGUCAGCGCUGGCUCCAGAAGAAGAACAUCAGAGCCUUUUACUCCCCGGUGCUCGCGGACAACCUGAGGCACGGAGCCCAACUACUGCUCCAGGCGUCAGGUCUGGGUCAGCUCAAACCGAACACUCUGGUCAUGGGCUUCAAGAAAAACUGGAGCGACGGAGACAUGAGACACACAGAGAUCUACAUCAACACUAUACAUGAUGCGUUUGAUCUUCAGUUUGGAGUGGUGAUCCUCAGGCUCCAGGACGGACUGGACAUCUCCCACAUCCAGGGACAAGACGAGCUGUCGACUGUGGACAAACCCAAAGACACUUCAGUGAUCUCCGACCCCAACCCCCCCAAUAACCACAACAUCCCCCUCAUCACAAAAGAGCGCUCUCCUCCCCUGAGCCUCACGGACCAGCGCCUCCUUGAGUCCAGUCAGAUCUUCAAGAAGAAACAAGGCAAAGGAACCAUCGACGUGUGGUGGCUCUUCGACGACGGAGGUCUGACUCUCUUGAUUCCGUAUCUUCUCACAAAUCGAGGGAAAUGGGGCGACUGCAGAAUCCGAGUUUUUAUGGGCGGAAAAAUCAACCGGAUCGACCACGACCGACGGGCGAUGGCGAUGCUUCUGAGUCGUUUCAGGAUCGAUUUCUCUGACAUCAUCGUCCUCGGUGACAUCAACACCAAACCCAAGAAACACAAUAAGUUGAGUUUUAAAGAGCUGAUGGACCCGUACAGACUGAGGGAGGACGACAUGCAGCAGGACGAGGCCGAGAGACUCAAGGCCCUGGAGCCUUGGAGGAUCACGGACAACGAACUGGAGCUGUACAAGGCCAAGACGAACCGUCAGAUCCGCCUGAACGAGCUGCUGCAGGAGCACUCCAACACGGCCAAGCUCAUCGUCAUAAGCAUGCCUCUGGCCCGUAAAGGCACAGUGUCCAGCGCCCUCUACAUGUGCUGGCUGGAAACUCUGUCCAAAGAUCUGCCCCCGGUUCUGCUGGUGCGAGGGAACCACCAGAGCGUCCUCACCUUCUACUCCUAACACAGAACCUACAGGAGAACCACCACCUUCUACUUGUAACACAGAAGCUACAGAGGAACCUACAGAAGGAGAACCUAUGACAGAACCUACAAGAGAACCAUCGGAGCGCCCUCACCUUCUACUCAAAACACAAAACCUACAGGAGAAGAACCUAACCAAGAACCUAUAAGAGAACCAUCACCUUCACCACUCAUAUCGCAGAACCUACAGAGAAACCUACAGAAGGAGAACCUAACCAAAAACCUUCCACAGAUAAUACAGAGAAACCUACAGGAGAACCACCACAUUCUACUUGUAACACAGAACCUACAGGAGAAGAACCUAACCAAAAACCUACCACAGAACCUACAGAAGAACCACUAGAGCGUCCUAACCUUCUACUCAUAGAGCAGAGCCUACAGAGGAACCUACAGAACCUAACCAAGGAACCUAGAAGAGCACCACCACAGAACCACCUUCUACUAGUAACACAGAACCUCCAGGAGAAGAACCUCACCAAGGACCUUCUACAGGAGAAGAAUCUGAACUUUCAACUCAUCCCAGAUCCAAGGUUUUAUUUUGAAAGGUGAAAAGUCCUCAAAACGGCGGCGUUGAAGAGCGAAGUGAAACCCGUGAAUGUUCCUCUAAAACCUCCUCUAACAAACUUCUGGGUCGUUAAAGUUUCCUUCACGUGUUUCUUUUCAUUUUCACGUGAUUCUUGUCGAGAAACAGUGAAGCUCCAACAGAAAAAAACUCCAUGAACAGUUUGUGAAAGUAAAAACAAACUCAGCGUUACAGGGUUUUUACCAUGAAAUUAUGACACUAAACUAUCUUUUUUGUCUAAUUAAAUGUUUAAGAUUUAACAUUUUUAACAUAUUCGCAGACGUUUAGUUCAGACGCAGACGAAGAGCAGAAUUUACUUCCAGAUUUUUAAUAAAAACCGGGACAUUAAAAGUUAUUUUCAGUUUGUACGUAACAUUUUUCUCCACUAAACCCGCUGGGCUUUCUGUGAAUUAUAAUGGAUGUAUAUGUGGGUUUUAGGGCUGGACUUUUAACACAACAACUCACCUUUUUACCUUUUUCAACAGUUACACUUUUUCUCUGUUGGUUUGGCUCAUUUCUUGAAACAGAAAUCACAUUCUUCAAACCCUCUCAGGCUCAAAUUAAUUUGUAGUAACAGGAAAAAUCAGAUAUUUGGGGAAAAUGAUCAUAUGAGGUAGUAAUAUCCUGACUUUUUUUUUUGAGAGACCUUCACAUCCAGCGUGUUCUGGGAUGUUUACAGCAUUGGUCCGGUGUGGGAAAUUAAAGGUCGU